UUGAGUUGCGAGAGAGUUGGCCCAGAGUUGAUAAAUUUGUAAAAAUUGUACAUAUAGUAGCCACUUUUCAGGCCGGUUUUUAAAAAGUAGCCAGUAUUUCAAAAUUCAUUGAAAAUUAGACACUUUUUAAUUCAGGAGCACGGUAUCAACGCAAGUUCACUUGUCAGCUUACUCGUCGGAGUUGAAGACACUGCUAGUACUCGACCAUUUGCAAAUCAUAAAUCUAGCCUGAAACUUAUCGUAUUGUACUAUUUUUGCAAAAACCGAAGUUAUUUAAUCAUUUAUGGCUUCUUCACCUAAUUCUAGAUUAGCAAUCCUUAGUAGACACUUUACUUCAGCAGCUUCUGCCUCUAAGGCUGGUCAAAAUUUGGGGUGGAUUAAGAUAUCUCCGGAGGUUUCCGAAGCAUUAAAACAUAGAAGCCCGAUUGUCGCAUUGGAAUCAACGAUAAUAUCUCAUGGAAUGUCGUAUCCUCAAAAUUUUGAGACAGCGAAAGAGUUGGAGGUCAUUGUGAGGGAGAAUGGAGCUGUACCUGCCACUAUUGCUAUUCUCGAUGGCGUACCAUGCAUAGGCUUGACUACAGAAGAACUAGAGAUUCUAGCACGUCUUGGGAGCAAAGCUCGAAAAACUGCUAGUAGAGACAUUGCACUUGUUAUGGCAGGCAGGGAGAAUGGGGCAACUACUGUCUCUGCAACAAUGUAUCUUGCUUCAAUGGUCGGUAUUCCAGUAUUUGUCACUGGUGGUGUUGGAGGAGUUCAUAGACAUGGAGAGAACACAAUGGAUAUUUCUUCUGAUCUUACUGAGCUUGGAAAUACUCCUGUAGCUGUGAUCUCCGCUGGUGUAAAAUCGAUACUAGAUAUUCCUCGAACGCUUGAAUAUUUGGAAACUCAACGAGUUACUGUUGCAGCUUAUAAAACCAAUGAGUUCCCUGCUUUCUUCACACAACCCAGUGGCUGCAAGGCACCUGCUCGAGUAGAAUCACCAGAACAUUGUGCUCGAGUUAUUGAUGCGAACAUAAGACUUGGGCGGAAGAGUGGAAUGUUGAUAGCAGUCCCCAUUCCAAGGGAGCAUUCUGCUUCUGGAAGUUUGAUUGAGUCGGCAAUACAGCAAGCACUCCAAGAAGCACGAGAGAAGAAGAUUACCGGCAAUGCUGAAACUCCAUUCUUGCUUGCAAGGGUUAAUCAACUCACCGGUGGAGCAUCUCUAGCGUCAAACAUUGCACUCGUGAAAAAUAAUGCCAGCGUCGGUGCUAAAAUUGCUGUUUCGCUAGCCCAGCUUCAAAAGCAUAGUGAUAAAAGGUUGUAAUACUGUUACAUUUCGCCGUCCUCCAUAUCAACUCAGGUAAGCAUUUUAAGCUCUUUGCGUCUGAAGGAAGCAGUGGGCUCGGCAGUCAGUAAACAUAGUACUGCAUAUGGAGCAAAAACAGUGUUCAAAAGUACUUAUGCAACCACCAGAAAGUUUGAUGCAACAUCUUUCCUUUAUAAUCCAUUAUUCUA